AAUGUAAAAUGUCAUUCAAAUGGAGGACAGGAAUCCCGGGAAACAAACAACCAAUUCAGCCAAAAUACUGGAUCACCAUCCUCCCCGCAACAGUCCUCGCUUAAUUUCUGUAUAACCACCACGACAAUGGAGAGAAAAUUGCAGCCAUCUACGCAACACCUCUGAGAACAAAGCCCCUUUUGCUCUACAAAUACCAGUGCCAGAUCAGUGAAGGCGGCACGGCAACCACCAUUCUCUUGAGUCUGAUUAACAAAGAGAGACGCGAAUUAAUUAGCGCUUCUUCACGUCGACGUCCACCGGGACCAAAUUAAGAAAUGGCGAGCAUGGCCCUUAAGACGAUCCUCACCAAGUCCCACCACCGCGCCGGAGCAGUCACGGUCCGGAACCACCCAUGGAGCUCCAGGGCUUUGGUCUCCUUCACACCCCGGCAUUUACAGGCUGGUUUCCGCAACGGAGGCGUGAGUACGCAGGCGUACGACUCGGCUGCUGAUGCGGCGAAGCAAGGCGCCAACGACGCGAGGUCCGCCGGCCAAGAAAUGAAGAACACGGUGGCCAAUGAGGCCCAGUCAGCCGCCCAAGAUAUCAAGAACAAGGCUGCUUCUGCUGCCGAAGAUGUGAGCCAAAAGACCCAACAGGCAGCGGGGAAGGUGUCGGAGACGGCGGAGAAUUUGACGGAGAAAGCGAAGCAAACGGCGCAAGAUGCAUGGGAUUCAGUGAAGGACGCAACGCAGAAGAUCAAGGACACGGUGGCGGGCAAGGCGGAGGAAUCGAAAGAGGCCAUCAAAGAGAAUGCGGAGAAAGUCAAGCGCAGUAUGAACACGAAGAAUUGAUUGAUUGAUUGAUUAUUCAGCUUGGCUUGUUGGCCGGCCGGCCGGAUUCUUCAAGCUGAAGCGCCGCCACCCUUUUGCACUUUAAUUUUUAAUUAGGCUGCUGAUUUGUUUAAUGCUGCGAGUUAAUUCAGUAUUCUGCAACUGAUCAUUCCUUUGAUUCCUAUUUCAAAAUCAAC